AUGGAGACGUUGUCUGUUUGUAUUGCUGGCUUAUUUCAGCUGCUCGGCGUAUCCUUCUUUUUCAAGCAGCCGGAGGACCAGUGCUCCCCUGCACCCACCAUUGGGAGUUGGCUCUUCCUGUUGGCCACCCUUUGCUUCUUGUGUGACAUGAAUCUCUAUCCGCGUCAUUACAUGCACAUGGCCAAGCACUGGCAGCUAAUAUUUGAGAUUAUAGCAGGCGUAUUUUUGGUCGAGAUCUCGACCCUGGUUGUUUGGUGUAACGUGGAGUUUGUGGUGUUUAUAACAACGCGUAAGCUGCUUUACUCACUAGCCAACAGCGACUGUAUACCGUGGAGGCUAGAAUACUGGUUGCAAGGACUUUCCACCUCUGUGGUGAGUGGUGCGCUGUUGUGGUUCAUUCUGCAAGCCACCGACACCAUAUACAUCGGGAACAACUUCUUGGGCAGGCUGAAACGGAACUGGAACGAGUUCUGGCGCAUUUUGAAUGGCAUCUAUCGCAUGAAUAGCUCCGAGAGACGACGAGCUCUGAGAGCCUGCAAGAUGGCCACAUAUCCUCGCCGGAAUAACCGAUGUCGCCAGCCGCCAAAGGAGGAUGAUGAAGAUGUGGAAGAGGAAGAGGACGACUACUAGUGUUGUCCCUCGAUAUUUGGGCCACUAAACAAAUCAUGGCCUCGCAUUUCCGUUCCCGCAGCCAGUUGUAUCUCUUUGGAAUGUAUAUUGCGAUUGCAGAUCUCGGCGCGAUUUUUAUGCCUUACCAAACGGAAAUUUACUUUCCUCAAUGCAUUCGUUCCCUCCAUUUCGGCAAUCUGUAACAAUAAAUUUCGUUGCAAGGACACCACCAAAAAAUUGCAAAACUGCGGGUGGUGCCAGUAAAGUUCUUCAA